AUGGCUGCCUGCGAGGGCAGGACCUGCUGGACCACGCAGAGGCAGACCUCUCCCAGCUUGCCCCGCUUCACCUCCAAGCAUGCCCGGAACAGCAAACGAGAUGAGAGGUGCAGAGGUCCUCAGCAGACUGAAACGAAGGGUUACAACCUCUGGGAUCAGUCUGAGAAUGAGGCUCGUAAGCUGAAUCACCAAGAAGUGGUGGAAGAAGACAAAAGACGUAAACUGCCACCAAACUGGGAAGCCAAAAAAGCUCGGCUGGAGUGGGAACUGAAGGUGGAACAGAAGAAGAAGGAAUGUGCAGCGAGAGGAGAAGACUACGAGCGAGUUAGACUGCUGGAGAUCAGUGCUGAGGAAGCCGACAGAUGGGAAAGGAAAAAGAAGAAGAAAAAUCCAGACCUGGGAUUUUCAGAUUACGCGUCUGCGCAGCUGCGCCAGUACCAGCGGUUAACCCGGCAGAUCAAACCCGACCUGGAGCAGUACGAGAAGCUGAAAGAGCAGUAUGGUGAAGCGCUGUAUCCCACGUCUGACAGUCUUCUCCAUGGAAGUCACGUGCCGUCUAAGGAAGGGGUUGAUAGGAUGGUUGCAGAUCUCGAAAAACAAAUUGAAAAGCGUGAGAAGUACAGUCGGCGACGUCCUUACAACGACGACGCAGACAUCGACUACAUUAACGAGAGAAACGCCAAGUUCAACAAGAAGGCGGAGAGGUUCUACGGGAAGUACACAGCCGAGAUUAAACAGAACCUGGAGAGAGGAACAGCCAUCUGA